GAGUAUGGUAUAGCUUAUUCUAUAACGGGAUGUCUUAACAAUCCCAAUAUAUGCAAGACGACCAAAACUGCUACAAAGCUCAAUGAUGUUGCUCGCUGCUGUUAUUAUACUGAUUGUAACUAUUCGAUCUACAAAUAUCUUACAUCUCUCAACAGCACGAUACCGGUGCACGAUUUCAAGGAUUGCGAUCCUAGAGGAUGCAAAGAGUGUGUCGAGACACUCCCGGACACAUCGACAACAACUUCUGAUCAGUCUGUCACCGCACCAAUUGUAAAGUACAGUAGCCAGGAAAAAAGUACGGUAGAGAAGCCGUCGACUGGUAAAAGUGAAGCCACGUACCACAUAACUAGUACCACGCCGGGACGGUACGGUUCAACGGGAACCACAUCUACCACGACUGCGGGUGCGCUCACUACUUCAAGCAAAGCUGAUACCACUGUACCUACCCCACCUGGGUAG